UAAAGCAAGGCAGCGAAGGCAAAGGAGGUAGAUCGGAGAUGGAUUGCAUAGAGAUCGAGACUGCUGCAGAGGCUCUCGAGAGAUCUGUGAUAUUCCAUUUCGUCAAAGAGAUAGUUGGCUAUGUCCUCUACAUGCACCAGCAGAUCCCUGCAGUCUUGCAGGAUCUCAGCCUUGAAUUUGAUUCGUUGCAGUCAGAACGCAAAAAUUUGGAGCUGGUACUAUCGGAAGAGGAAAUGAAGGCAUCUACUCGAAGAAAACACAAUGGGAGAAUGAGAGAGCUGAAACAGGGAUUCAGGAAAUUGGAGAAGUUAAUGAAUUCCAUCUCUAAGCUCCAAACUGCUUUGCAACUGGUACUUAACGAGAUUCCUGAUAUCCAGGGGUUCAUUAUAAUCCUUGGAUCAAAUCCUGUUCGGCCUCAACAUGUUUAUGAGAUAUGCUUUUCACAUGGAAAAGUUACCAUGGAACUUACAAAUGAUUUCACAAAAAGCAAAGCAGCAGAUGCGCUUUCAAGAAAGGCGAUUCGAUCUCUUAUAUCCAAAGGAACAGAAUCCAUGCCUCAUGCGAGCCCCACGAAGUUGUUUCUUUUGGUUAAAGCUCCCUCUUCUUUCAACCUACCUGCUCAUUUUCUUCCUAAACGUGACUUCAGAUACAGCAAAAAGGUAGUUCCCUGCAGAUUGUGUGUCAAGUGUAGCAUCAAGGAUCAGGAUAUGGAUACAUCACAGCAUAGUCCUCAAACUGCAUCCCCUAACACAUCACUAGAUUCCACUGGGAAUGAUCUGAUCUGGUUUCAAUGUAGACACACAAUCAAGGGACUGCCCUCCACAACGCCACUGAUAGAAGAAUAAGAAGUUUGAUCUCACCUUGUUUUUUGAUCUCAUCCUUUCCGACUCCAGUUUCAUGUUCUGUUGUAUAGGUAAACCAAAGUUGGAAUGUUUUGAUUUUAUGGUGGCAAUCUGAUUAGUGCUAUUAGUAGUUUAUUUCCCCCCUGCAGUUAA